AUGACCAUCUCCAUGAAAUACUCUUUCCCGUUAUUGACCAACGAAAUAAUCUCUCUUCACCUUCCAGGCUUCAGAAGAAUGCAGGGCUCUGGACUUUUGGGAAACAUCUCGACUUGUGAUGCUUCCUUUCGAUGGUAUUGGGAUGAAUGCCAAAAUCUCCUGACGCUGGUGCCCUCAAGUUCUUUCCCACAAAACCAAGUCAUAAAUUGUCGCCUUUAUCCGAGGGACGGUCUCCAAUUGCCAGAGUUCGGAGUGAUCACAGAUAGCAAGACCAUUUCAAUCUCAACAAAUGCGGUUGCUUUCUCGUACAUGUUCCCUACCAUAACUCGCUUCUGUGCUUCACACGUGGGAGGAGUUGGAAGCAUCACAAACGGGCCAGGGCUGCAAUUCGUUCCGGGAAUGGCUGGAGUGGUGAAUGAUAUGUACGUGACGGUGAAUGCAAGUGCGACGAUUCUCCCCAUGGACUCGAUCAUUUUCGAAAUGAGCGAUUUUGUAGCUGAGGGAUGCACGCUGAAUCCGCAGUGGAGCGCCAGUGCUGGCUGUGCUGCAAACCAAUCACAUAACCACACUACCAAUUACUCUCAGUCAUGUACAUACUCUACGAGCUUCUGCUACCGGAGGGAGGAAUGCUCAAAUCUGUGUUAUCUAACUGAAAACUGUGUUCAAGAAUCGAUUGUUUUCCAAGACUGCAAUAACAGCUGCACAAUGGUUGCCAUGAUCAAUUUUAGCAAUGUUUCAUAUGAGUGGAAUUGCGAGAAGAACUGGUUGAAGGUCAUAUUUGACAGUCCAAUAGAAGCGAACAGGGAAAAGACUGUCAAGAUUCCAUCUGCAUAUAGGAUAAGAUUGCCUUUGCGAGGCAUUACCCCUGCCAACUCUGGAAUCAAGUUCGAGGCAAACUUUCAGAACGGAAAGAUAGACUGGACACCGGUCAAAAACUUGAACUCUGUUGGCGCUCUGCGUGAGACAUCGCUAAGAUUUGACCCGCCGGUGGCAGGGUACAACAUCAACAUUACCUUCCAAUUCAUCCCGGACAUGCCUAUGGUACAGGGAGAUUUGAUGUUGUUGAGAAUGUCAUAUUUUGACCUUGCUUGUGACGUGUAUGCGACUGAAAAUUCUUCAAAUGUCACCUCAGACUAUGAAAAUUCAACCUCAUUGGUCAAUGUUUCUAAUUCAAGUCAAUCUUCGCAAGGGCAGACGAAGUGUUUCUAUAGCAUGGGGAUCCGAACCUUGCCAGAGAAUGUGAUUGAAGUAUUGCGGUGGGUGAACAGUGAGCAAACCUUGUACCUUCAAGUCAACCAGCCUAUUUCCGCAGGGCAGCAUAUCUCUCUGACCAUCCCUUCAGCAUUCGGAUUCAAAGUCCCGCGCCUUGGUAUUCAAAGAUCUUCCAAUGCCUUUCAAGUUUCCGCCGACGCCAAGUCAGGCAUGGUUGUAUGGACUCCAAUCGAGCAAUACGAUCUCAUCGGAGCAUUUGUGAACACCUCACUUGACUACGGCACUCCAGGAGCAGCGCAGAGGUCAAGCAUCUCGAUAGCUUUUUCUCCUGUCAUGGCGAUUAUGCCACGUGAAAGAGUUACUUUCAUCCUUCCAAAUUUCUUGUUUCUCUCUAGCAAGGGGCAAAGUCUCGUGCCCUUGCCGACGAGUUUAAUUCUUCAGAAGCCUCUGGCUUAUUUCUCAGACUUUUUCUGGAGCUCGUCGGAUCAAUCCAUCCAAGCAAAUUGUCUCCACGAAAUUCCUGCUGGCUUGUAUGUUCAGCUGACGAUUGACCGUGAUAUGAAUGUCUCCCUCCCAAUGUCCAACUUGGCCUUGAACGAUCCGGCCCUCGGUUUGUCAAGCAACACGACCAAUGGGCCUGUGCUUUUCGCAUCCUUUGAAAGAUCACCAGUUGUUUCGGUCUUUGGAAAUAUCACCAAUCAUUCCUUGUCUUUCUCGGAAGAUUCAAUUGCCCAUCAGCCUGUUGAAUUUGAAUUUGAAUUUGCCGUCACUGAGCAUUUGCAGUCGUCGCAUCAGGACGAGCUGGUCUUGCACCUCCCAGGCUUCUCAAGCGUAAAACAAACAUUUAACGUAUCCUCGACCCCUGCUGGGCUCCUUCGCUCAGCCGUGUGGACUCAGUCGGCUGUCGAGGGGUUCUGUCCUUCUGACUGUCUCAAGCUUGCAGCCGCAAGCGAUGUGCCUGCCGAGACUCUCGUUCGGGUUCUCAUUCCUCUGGAAGCAGGAAUGACUCUACCUGUCGAAGGUGUGAGAGUGAACGAUCGAAGGUACACCAUUGCUAGCACAGCCAUUUCGGGGCCUGUGCGACCGACUCCCUUUCAUGUUCCUCAAGGAGUCGGCUCCUUUGGCAAGACAGCGAACGUUACAUUUUAUGAAGGCAGAGCCGGGGAGCCUGUGGCGUUUGCUCUCAAUUUCGUUGCGUUCAUGCCCCUAGGAAGCAGAGAUCAGGUCUUGUUGCGCAUGGAUUCCUUUGGAGGAGAUGACUUCCAAUACGAAGUCGAUGCCAAUCAGAAUCAUUCAAAUGUUUCCUUCAAUGUGUUUCCUCCCGCUGCAGUCUGUAGAAUAUCCUGGAACAAAACCAUCUUGAACGUUUCGAUCUGCAACGAUUGGCCUGCGGGCCAGCGCUUCAGUAUCUCCAUCCCCAGGACUUGGGGGAUCAUCUUGCCACCAGCAGGACUGCGGGUGGAAGGGAGUUACUUGUGGAUAUCUUCCAACGCGUUCCUCGGAGUUGUGAGAGACACCCCAGUUGUCACUUUCACCCCUGUCGGCGCUCUCGAGCAAGACUCGCUCCAGAUGUUAUUCGAGCCCAUGCGGGCAGCAGCGACUGUCAGUCUCACCGUCAGGUUUCAUCCUCUCAUGUCACUGGAGACAGGCGAUCUGAUUGUUCUGCACUUGCCUUCCUUCUUCCUCGUCAACACCUCCAGCAAUCACACAGGCAAUGCCACCGAUCGGUUCUCGUUCUCUUGGGACCAAGUAUCCUUCAACCUCAGCGCUAGGCUACUCUACCCAAUGGGUGCCAACAUCACUCACGAUCUGAUCGUUCCAUCCAAGUUUGGUCUUGCCUUGCCAAGGGAAGGAGUUCGACGGAAUCAGGAUUCAAUUCUAUUCAACGUUGUGUCUACCCAAGGCAACAUCCUUCCAAGGAGGUUUGAUGAGAUUCUUCCCGUCGGAGCUUUUGUAGACGGCGUCGCCCUUCGCUUUGACCCUCUUGCUGUUGGUCAAGUUACCAGCAUUCUUAUCAGUUUCCAAGUCACAAACGUCAUAUCUAUCAAUGACACCUUCAUAUUUUACCUGCCCAGGUUCUUCUCUCAAACCUCACACAACAAGACUACGGCUGAGCUGGACUUGUUCGAUGCUGUUUGGGACAAUGCAGAACAAUCUUUGUCCUUCGUUGCCAAGACACUUGUCUCUCCCUAUCAGAACAUUUCCCUUCUUGCUCCUCCUUCAAUGAAUAUUUCGAUUCCUCUGAGCGGUUUGCCCUCGACCUUCGUUGGGAGAGUCAGGGCAGACGUGAAGGAGGGGCCUAUUCUCUUGACUCCCGUGAAGCCCUUGCAGACCCUCGGAGCUUUCCGUUCUUCGAGCAUCACAUUUGUGACACCGCGUGCAGGGAAGCCAGCGGAUGUUGUUGUUAUGAUCAGGGCAUACAUGAUGAUAGGUAAAGGAGACGUGGUGAUGUUGAAACUGUCAAACUUUGAGGGUCCCGGCGGCCAACUUGCGGUGAACAGCUCCUCCUUUGACAUCGCGUCAUGGAACUCGACUUCAGGGAUCUUGAGCAUGACAGCCUCGCGCCUGAUUCCUGCAGGAGAAGAAGUAUCUGCUGUCGUCGUCAAGUCAGAUCUCCUUCUCUUGCCCUCCUACGGAAUUUCUCUUGCCCAUGUGAUUCAAAUCAGCUCAAACGCCUUUGACGGGCCGGCCCCAUGGACGAAAGUUGACUAUGUCCAGCCUGUCGGGUCCUUCUUAUUUUCAGAGAUAGCUAUGUCCAUUCAUAAGGUAGGACAAGAAGUUGCCUUGUCACUGUCUUUCAAUCCUACGAUGGAGGUCAUGGAAGGAAGCAACAUCACUUUCAAAGUCCCCAGCCUCUCAAGCUCUUUGUCAACCCUCAAUUGCAGUCUCCGAUCGGCAGGGGACGAAACUCCCUACCAAGCCAAGUGCACAUGGAGGCCACAGACGAGCUCUCUACAAAUGGAGGUGUAUGCGAAGCUUGAGGCCAACAGCACCUAUCAGGUACAGAUAUCUUCUCUUCUCUUCUUUGGUGAGGAAGGAAUUUCCUACGAUGAUGAAAGUGUGACGAUAGCCUGUGAUUCACCUACUGGGCCUGUGCUCCCAACGAGAAUCAUUUUCAUCCCUUCGAUUCACUCUUACGGCAAAUUCACUUCAUCAAAGAUUUCUUAUCAGCCUCGUCGCACGGAUGUUCCAGUCGUCAUUCUGUUCUCGUUUGCUGUUGAUGUUUCUCUGUACAGUGGUGAUGUGGUGACCUUGCACCUGCCCAAGUUCCUCUCGAGCUCGACGAACUGCUCAGUACAUGUCAACGGCAAUGUCUGGACGGACUGUAACUUUCAAGGGGAGACUCUGAGCUUUACCGUCAUGGCUGAUUUCCGUCCCAACGAGGUUAUCGUCUCAAAGAUUGCAAGUGAUGGAGGAAUCAUGUUGCCUUCUGACGGCAUUCGCCUCGGCGACAACUUCUUGAAGGCUCAGGUGCAGGCGAUUGCUGGCAGCGUUGCGCUCGCCACGAUCAGCUCCCAAGAUCCAGUCGGCACACUGAAUGGAGCCGCCCUGACUUUCAGCCCAGCUCAAACAAGUCAGAAGGCACGGCUCAUGCUCUCAUUCCAACUUCAGAAUACGAUACAGGCUUUAGAAAGAUUGACGUUGCAAUUGCCGGAAUUCUCCUCUGACACUAACACUACUUGCAAUUUGAGCGCGUUUGUGUCCAAGGACCUCAACUACACGUUCCGUACCAUCGAGGUCAGUGCAAGGUGGAGGCAGUCGAGCUCUGACCUGGUCAUCGAAUUUCUUCAAACUGUGCUAUGGCAAGACAACAAGCACGUCACCAUCGUCCUCCCUCAGGCGUGUGGGAUCCAUCUCCCUCCGAACAGUGUGGCCAUCGAUCUCAAAAACUUCACCAUCGCGUCCAACGCCCUUUAUGGUCCUGUUGACCCCACCCCCCUUCAGUUCCAUCUGGCUAUCGGCAAGUUCUCGUCGCUGUCUCUCUCCUUCGGCGAUGCCGUUGCGGGUGAAGCAGCGAACCUGACUCUAAGGAUUGCCUCCGAGCUUGCCCUGGCACGUGAUGACGUCAUCACAGUCUACUUGCCAGGCUUUCGUUGUGACGACCCUUCAGCCGUACUUGUUCCGGACCAAAGCUCUGUGAAUGUCUCGUUGUAUUGGCUGCAGAACACGUGCAGUGCGUAUCAGAGGUUCUGCUCCGCCUCACCCAUGGCAGUCCUCUCUGUCAAAUUGCUUCAGGACGUAGCCAGCAAUCAAGAGAUCGUGCUGGAAAUUGUGUCCGGAAGUCGCCCGGACUCUUCGAGCAACUUCAGCAUCUUUCUCCCUCCGAACGGGGUUCGGACGUACGAGGCUGAGCUCAGGGCUGCAGUGAACAGCAAAGUCAAUCCCAUCUAUCCGUCAAACUUCGAUUCUGUACAGCCUGUCGGAUACCUGGGUCAAAGGAAGAAGCUCAAGUUUGCGUUUCCCGCUCGUGCAAAUCAAACCGGCGGGAUACAGGUAGAGAUCACCCCGGCUAUGGACAUUCAAGUGAACGAUGAAGUAUUCCUUUUCCUCCCACAGUUUCUGGGGCCAAGUUUUGACAACAAGACGACCUAUGAUGCCAACCAUGAAGAAUUUGCUCUGGUCAGCUGGGACGCUGCUGAGAUGCUGCUGAGACUUGUCAUGAAGCAGAACUUGAAGGCUGGCAACCUCGACAUCCCAUUGCCCAGUGACUUGGGAGUGAUAUUGCCAGCAGAAGGCCUGAAAACGAAUGAAACUGCCUUGAAGAUCAAUGCCGCUGUAGUCGCUGGAUCUGUUCGUAGGAUUGGCUUUGACGAGGUCCAGGCUGUGGGCGCGUUUCAAAAUGUCAACUUUGAUUUUGAGAAGUUCUUCUCAUCGUUCUCGUGCUAUAUGACCCUCUGGCCGGGAGACGAGCUUGUUUUCUACAUUCCCACAUCGAUGAAAGCGUUUUCGCAGGCUUCUUUUGACAGCAGUUGCUCCCUUUCGGUAACUUUUUAUCCCGAGGCCAACCAGUUGAAACUGAAGGUGGAUCAGAAAGUGACACGAUUGCAAACUUGUGAAAUUGUAUCUAGUGCAUAUCAGUCCUUUACCUCGUUUCCUGCCUUAGCCGAGACGUUCAUGUGGGUGGAGGUAGAGGCGACUGAGGGAUACAUUCCUCCGACUAGGAUCGAUGACGUCAUCACAAAGAACCCUUUCAUACAGUACCCUGUGCUCUCCUUGCACGCAGACCCGCUCAAACGGGCCAUAAACAUUUCGUUCGUGUUUACCCUGGACGAGAGUUUCUUUGUCAACACUACUGUUACCAACGUGACUCUGAUCUAUGUGGGUGCGGCUACGGUCACUCUGGAAGACAUGUACAAUGGAACGUUUAUAGGAAACAGUCGGAUGCCGUUGAGCUUGAACGAAGCUGCCCUGUUCGAGGAACAAGCGUUCCAGCUUCAGUUCCCUAUCCUUUCCCAAGGCCUCUGGAGGAAUCAGAAUGGUUUCUGGUUGACCUUCCGGAAGGAUGACCAGGAAUUUUUGUUCCCGUGUAAAAACACUCCAUUUGGAGGAUUUGCACAAUCCGAAUUGAAGUUUGACGUCGUGCAGGGCAAGAUGAACAUAUCUGUCGUCACCACCAUGGAUCUUGUUGCGUUUGACAGUCUCUUCAUAAACCUCAACACUUUUUCGUCUGAUCUUGAUGUCAUCUCUGUUGCUUCGGACCCUCCUGGGAUUUGCAAGAAGGGGCUCUGGGACGGAUCAGGCGUCUUGGUGCUUGUGAUGGAGGGCAGGAAUGUCUCUGCCGGCCCAGUCGUGCUCGCUCGCAGGAAGCAACUGACCGUCAUCCUCCCGCUGGGACCAACGGGCCUGAGGCUUCCGAAGAAUGGAGUGAGGAGCGAGGAUGAGACCAUCACCGUCGGCUCGAACGCGUCCUUGGGGCCUACCAACGCCAAGUCUUUCGGGUUUGUUCAGCCGGUCGGAUGCUUUCGCAACGGAUCGUCAGUUGAAUUCUUCUCAUACUUCUCGAAUAGAAGUUUGGUCGGGAAUCCUGUGGGGUUACGGAUCUCGUUCAAAGCUUGCAUGAAAUUGUUGCAAAACGAUGCGGUGUAUGUCAAAUUGCCUGGAUUCUAUGUGGACUCCAAGAUAACUCCGGUGGCAAUCUCAGGUUCUGACUUUGAACUUGUCGAUUUCCAAGGCGAUGUUGCCACGUUUGUUGUGCGAGGAAACGUCACGGAAGACGAGCAAGUAGUGCUAGAGGUGCUCCCUUCUGUUGGGUUUCGCCUUCCGUUGGUUGGCGUGAGGCUUGACGACGUCGCUUUCAACAUCGCAACAAACGCGUUCGAGGGGCCAGUGCAAGAGACUUCGUUCGACAAGGUGCAAGCUGUUGGGUCCUUCACCUCCAUCUCCUUAUCUUUCGCCCCAGACAGCCAGGCUGGUCGACCGGUCAACGUGACUUUGAAUUUUACUGCAGCGAUGGACAUCUUGCAAGGAGAGAAUGUCUCUUUGCUCCUCCCGGGCUGGCAAGCUGAAGACUUCAUGGCGGAUGGCUCCUUGCUCACUUUGAACAACACCAGCAUCCACGUAAUCUUGUCAUGGGCCCAGACCGACGGCCCCCGGCUGACGAUGUCGUUAGCUGAUCGGCUUCCAGCAGCAGAGUGGGCUCAACUUCAGUUGACUAGAGCACUUGGCUUGGUGGUGUUGCCUUCACAGAUCCAACACAACUUGAACGCAAUCGUAGCCUUCACGAACGCGCGACUUGGCGUUGUCAACUUCUUUCCUGUCGACAUGCAGAACAAGAUCGGCGCUUUUCUUGACACCAAAAUAGAAUUUUCUCCUGCAGCUGCAAACAUUGCUGUGGAGUUUACAAUCUCGUUUGUGGUUCAGAUGGACAUCUUAGCAGGAGAAAACAUCCACUUCCUGAUGAGAUCGCUGAAGCGCAUCAAACGGGGCCCUGUCUCUGUUGUGCUCAACGGCUCCUCUCUCAAUGUCUCGUCUUGGGACUCAAACUCCACGGAUCUUGUUUUCCAGUCUCCCGACACCAUCUAUGCUCUCGACCCGGUCACAUUUAGGAUACAGCUGUCCGAGGGGUUUGUCAUGUCACCGCUCGGUCUCGCCGAGGAGGGGUCGCCCAAGAUCUACACUGACGCUUCCAACGGGUUUGUGAACCCCAUAGAGAUCGAGCAGUUCCCUUUGAUUGCAAGGAUCUUUGACGCCAGGCUCGUCGUAGUGCCGCUCAUCGCUGACUUCGAUGCUGACGUCAGCUUGGAGUUGACUCUCUCCGUCCCGCUGCUUCCUGGAGAUGUCGUGAGGGUCCACCUCCCAGGAUUCUCUGAGGGCAGGUCGAGAGCUGCUCAGCCUUUGAACGCCUCCUUGAACUACUCUGUAUCCUGGAACGAGUCGGAUGCCUCGAUCUCUUGGACGAUGUACGACGAGGUCCCGUCGCAACUUCCGAUGACGUUGGCUGGGCCGUCGGACAUGUACCUGAGAACUUCAAAGAAAGGGCUUCUCCUCUCCCAGCAGGACAACUUGAUCGAGCUGCGAGCGGCAAAAGGCAACGUGAUGUGGUCCCAGCUGACCGCCUUCGAUCCCUUCGGGGCGCUCUCUUCUCUUCCGCGGCUGGCAUUGCUGAACCCCUACCCUCAAGCGGAAGCCACGUCGGGGCUUCAGCUUGACUUCCAGUUGUCCAUGGACCUUGUUCCCGGGGACAGCUUGAGGGUGUUCCUUCCAGGGUUUCGCGUGCCUAAGAAUGGUCGAUUGAAUGUGUCGUCUGCAACGAUCUUCAAUGCAACCUCUCGAGUGGAAGUUGACGCGUUUGCUGGAUCUGUGAGCAACAUCUUUUACCAUUAUGCAAACUAUGAGGUUGUGAUGUUGACAGCAAAUGAUACCGAGGCCGCCGGAAUUUUGAUCGACCUGAAGUGCGAGGAUCGUGUCUUUUCCAAUUCAUCCAUCUCGAUUCAGGUUGGUGACGAUGCGGAGGUUUCGCUUCCACAUGAUGGCGUCAAGGGCAUAGAAGGCUUUGCGAUGUCUGUCAAUGCUUCUGAUGGACCUGUCCUUCCUAGUCCAUUUGCUUCUGUCCAGUCGGUUGGAAUUCUUUCCAACACAUCCAUGAUUUUUGGAGACUUGGCAGCCGCUGGUGAGAUUGGCAACCUGACGCUCUCGUUUUCGUUUUCAUUCAAUCUUUCCGAAGGCGAUAAGAUUGUCGUCAGGCUCCCAGCAUUCUUCAAUUUGUCUUCUCAGGGAACAGCAAGACUAAUUGCUCAUAAUGAGUUGUCAAUGGACAUCGAUUUUCAUGUGCCUGAAAUGUAUGUGCUUGAGUUUACAUUGCCCCAGAAUGCUUUGAUUCCUCCGGCGUCUCUUGUAAGUGUAAGCGUUGUCGAAGAAUUCGUGCUACCUCCGCAUGGCGUUGCUCAGGAUUCAAAGAUCAACAUGACAGUCCUCCAAGGAUCUUCAUCGAUUACCUUCUCCAACAUUCAAUCGAAGCAACCGGUUGGAGCGGUACUCAAUGAAAACAUUCUAUUCGACUGUCCGAAUGCAAUGGGGGCUGUUGGCUUCACACUCUCCUUCCUUCCAACGAUGAGCAUCCAAUCGGAUGAAACAGUCGCUGUCUUUCUGAGAGGCUUCUAUGCUGAGAACUACUAUCAGCUUGCUGUCGCUUCUUCACAAGUACAACAAGUAACUGUUGAGCCGCUUCCCACUGGAGUCCGGGUUAUCUUUGCUGUACAGGCCCUGUCUGCAGGUAGUCAAGCAACAUUGAGGGCCGACGUGACUCUGGGUAUCAAGCCUCCGAAUGCAAGCUCUUGCCAUGAUCGCAUUGCUGUCAUCCUUUCUGUUUCUGCAGCUUCCGGUCCAGUGCGGAGCAAGGCUCUCUCUUCGGUCGUUACUGCCUCGGUCCGAUCUCAUGCUCCGGCGCCCGGUGAGACGUUAUUCUUGUCUUUCGAGAUGCUCUCAACUAUCCAACUUCGUGCAAACGACACGAUGAUGCUUGUUCUCCCCCCAUUUGACUUCGCCUCGACCGCAUCUAGGAGUCUGGGCAGCACGGAGGUCGUACAAACGUGUGGAGAUACUUCCGCUACUGUGUUUCAGUCGAGUGUUCUUUGGGACGCAUUGUUGUCAAGUUUUGUUCUCAAGAUUCCAGUUGACGUGCAGAGCGGUAGUAGGUUGUCAGUGAACAUCAGUGGAGCACCAGCGGGAUUGAAAUUUCCGUUGCAGGGAAUCCCUCUCUCACAGACGAAUCAGUUCUCUGUCAAGAUACAGCAGGAGUCACAGACUUACAUCUCCUGCUUGGGAAUGUUAACACCAUUCGGAGCGUUCUUGAGUCCUACAAACGUAACAUUCACGAGCAAUGUGCCGGGAAGUGUGACUGGCUUUCAAAUUACAAUGGAGAUGUCGAUGAACCUGUAUCAGAAUGACCGGAUAGAAGUCUUCUUUGAUGGGUUCGAUAUCUUUCCAAGUGGAGGAUUUCGUCUGGAUCAAAGAUGUAUGGUAGUCUAUUGCGAGUUUCAUCCUUUCUCAUUCAUCGUGAGUGCAGAGAGGAAGGCUGGGGGCGUACUGGUAGCCUUCAUGAGCAAUCAGUUCGUAGCUGGCUUUCAGAAGCUGGACUUGUCUGUGCCGGUGGAAGGAGGGUUGACCCUCCCGCGCAGUGAAGCUGCGCUACACUAUUCGGUCAAUGUGAUAGCAGACGGUCUUGAUGGUACCACCAGAAACCAUCGGCCGAUCAGAGUUCCAAGGCUUGGCUCGUUCCUUCCUUCCUACCUUACAUGGAACUCGACUGGGAAAGAGACUGCUGACAUUCGUCUCUUCUUCACUCCGCAUAUUGAAUUUCAAGGGGGUGAAACCGUCUCACUCCGCAUGCUUCCCUUCCUUGCCUCCUCAGCCAACGUCUCCGCUGACUUUCACUUCUGUGACAAGUCUUUCUCGUCAGGCUGUAGGUUUGACAGUUGCUUUCAAAGUCUGACAGCAAAAGAUGCGCUCGUGCAGUGUUGUGGUUGUGCUUUAGUACAUUCUGUCCCGGUGACUUCCGUAUGGAAUACCUCUUCAAGCUCUCUGACCUUCGCCAUUCCCUCGCUGUUUAUGACUGCUGUAAACAGAAGCGAUCUUUUGCAGCUCACUCCUUGUUCAUUGCACAUCCCACAGGGUACUUUCCGUUACAACUCAACCUUGAAAUAUGCAACUGUGUUGGAUUUUACACUUUCGACAGACUCCAAGACUGCUCCAGUGUUGCAUGAGCCAAUUCAAAAUGUUUCUGCCAUUGGCGAUACCAGCUCGAAGAUAUCGGUCGGUCAUUAUCAAGGUAGGGAUGGAAUUCAGAGUAUCAUCAAGUUCAAAUUUCCCUUCCGUCUUGUUUCCAGUACGAAUUUUUCAGCCUUGGUCACUACGUUGGAACCAUCCAGAAAUGUGUCUUACUAUUUGAAUGUGACUGAAGAAGUCUUUACGCUUGAAAUGUACAACCAGACAUAUUUCAAUACCGAAGAAAUCGCCGUCAAUCUGUCAAUGCAAGAGUCAUAUAUGGAUGUCUGCUUUGGAAAUUUAUCCCAAUUUUCUAUGCUUACAGAGCGUCGGAACUUCACUUCAAGCACAACAAAACUUCUGAAUCGUACAAAUGUGCAGAACAUGACUCAAGUGAAGACCUUCACCAUGAUGACAGACCCUGUGGUAUCCACAAACUUGACUGCUAUCAAGCACAACGACACGAUUGUAUUGCACCUUCCAGAAUUAUCAGGACUAAGUUUUGAGAACGUGAGCUUGGAUGUCCUGUGUCUGAACGACAUUGGAAUGCAUUGGGAUUACAUACCACUGACCCAGCAAGAGUGUCAAGAUCAGGUUCAGUCGUGCACUUGUCAAAGCUUUGGGCGCAUCACUGCCGAAUGGGACAACUCUCUCCACCUUCUUAGCAUGACGGUUUAUGGAAAUAUGAGUGGCGACAUUCAGGUGCAGAUUCCGGAUCGAUUGGGAUUUAUACUUCUUCCCCUUGUGUCAUUUUCAGCACUUACCGACGCAUGGAUACAGACUGAGAGAAUUCCUUUCUUCAAGUUAACUUGCGAGAAGGCAGUCAAUGCUACUGUGCUUGAAGCAUCAAUGGAGUUUGGCCAAGUUUCAGCAGGGGAAGUAGCUGAAAUCUUUGUUGUGAUGUCUCUGUCUACGAAGAUGAAGAGAGGCGACAAUCUUUAUAUCUCGAUGCCAGAAUUCAAUAUCCAGCCCACAAAUUCAAAGAGGAGUCCAUUGAUUGUCAACAGUCAGACUUGGAAAUUCUUGGGCUAUUGGGAGGCUAUGUGUAACUUCUCUGGGAUCAACAUCGUUGCAGAUCAAGACAUACCUCCUGGAACUUCAAUUCAUCUUACAUUCCCCAAGGCCAAUGGCAUAAUGAUGCCUGUGCAAGGCGUGUUGAAAAACUCUUUUGACAUUCAACUUUCAAUGGUCACCUCCGAAAAUUCUAUUUCCAAUGUACCUUUCAAGACGGUGCAACCUGUGGGCUCGUUUGCUAAGCUGCCAGUGAUACAGUUCUUCCGAGUGAAUUCCUCUGAGGCAGCCUUGUUCAAUCUGAACGUCACAUUUCACAUGCCCGUAAGAGAAAGAGACGUCCUUGAGUUGGUUCUUCCAGGUUUCUCUUGCAGUGGGCGGUCGUGUCAAACUUCAAAACUGAUUUCUAUACUGCUCAAGUCAGCGACAACCAAGGAGCUCAUGAAUUUCUCAGCUAGUUGGACUGAAGCCUCCAAAAAGCUCAGGAUUUUGUUUCCUCUCGAUGCUUUGCCGGAGCAAGAAAUCACAUUUGAAUCCACUAGCCCGAUGCUGUUACCUGAUGUCGGUGUAUCAUGGGAGGGAUCAGGGAUAAGUAUCUCUUUGAAUUCAACGCUCGGCCCCAUCGAGCCAACUUUAGUGCAAGUGAUUCCCAUUGGUUCAGUGCGCUCGUCUGCCAUUGCGUUCGUCCCGGCGGUUGCAAACUCUCCUUCGAGAAUCAUUCUGACCUUUAUACCGGGGAUGGAUAUGAAGGUAGGCGACCUGGUCGAGCUGGGCUUGCCGCAGUUCUUGAGUCUUGAUCGAACUCUGCCCAAGGUGAGGAGAGUGGUCUGUACCGAGAACGUGUGUGUGAAGAUUCGAAAUGGAGUUUGGGACGAGAAUGCACAGUUGAUGACCCUCACAGUCCUGAGGCAGAUCGUGGCCAGAGAACUAGUGACCUUCGAGAUUCCGUUCUCCUUCGGUUUGUGUCUGCCAGAGAAAGGUUUUCGAGCAGAUUCUUCGAACAUCAAUAUCACAAUCUUAUCGAACUCAUACGUGUUGGUAGGACCGAUUCCUCUCGGAUCUGUACAACCUGUGGGUGGUUUUGUACAAGCUUCUGUGACUUUCAAUCCAAACAUACCCAAUGUGAAGACCAAUAUUGUGUUGAGAUUCAUUCCUUCUGCUCGGCAACUGCGUGGCCGCAGCUUGUUCCUUACCAUGCCUGGGUUUUCCAACACAAGACUGGGCAAUUUUUCUGUCACAUCUUUCCCAGCUUCAUUUGUUAAGUUUGCCCGGUGGUCUGCGUCAACCUUCCAACUUCAAUUCUUCAUUGAAAACGAUGUCCCUGAAAUGACUCAGAUAGUUCUAUCUAUUGACGCCGAUGUUGGCUUUCAGAUUCCAUCGGACUCGAUGCAAACAAGCCUCGUCUUCAAACUUCAGUCUGACAUGCCAGACGGCCAGAUGCCUCAGCCCCUUCCUAUUCGCGCAAAUUUGUCUUCUGGUCAGCUGUUUUCGUUUUCGUCGUCAAAGUUGUCAUUCCGGCAGAAAUAUGCUGGAAAGCCGACGUCUCUUUUUCUCGAAUUCUCAACUGCACUAUUUUUUGUCGAGAACGAUCAGCUCCUGUUGCUCCUACCUGGCUUCACCCGCAGGAACGGCGAUGUAACCUGUAAAAACAUUACCACCACGCCGAGUUCAGCAGUGAAGCUAGCUCUAUGGAUUCAAAAAGACAACACUUUGGUUCUCAACAUCUCGACAUAUUUUGAAGAGAACAAACAAUUUCAAAUACUUGUCUCAGACGCAUGUGGCAUUGAGUUACCUUUUGAUGGUGUUUCAUCUUAUCAAAGUGGCAUCAAACUCUCUGCAGUAAACGCUGCUGGUCAAAUUGGCUUUAUGCCACUGUCCAUGGUCGAACCUGUUGGAUCGUUCGGUUACUCAACGGAAUUGCAUUUCGCCGAAUACGGACCACAGAGACAGGUGAAGUUCUCGAUUACCUUUUCACCAAAAAUGGGCUUAUCACCCGGAGAUGAAUUGAUUGUGAGUCUGCCUGGAUUUGUCUGCAAUCGCACGAUGGUCAACCUGUCGUCCAACAAAGAGGGCCUCGUUUCAGUUGGAUAUUGGAGGCAAUAUGAAGUGAUUGAAAAGCUUCGCAACGGCACCAGCUCUGGGCCGAUCUUCCAAAUCAGCGAAGAAAUUGUAUGCGAAAACAGAUCAUCUGUUGUUGAGGUUAGACAGAGUGCUGACCCAUGGUGCGUUCCAAAAGUAAGUGAGAUUAUACAGACCGUCUGUUGGAAUAUUUCGAACAAAACAUAUAUAAGUUCCCAGAAUUCAUCUUUCAUGUACGAUAGUGAAAUUUUCCCUAAGCAUGAAUUGACCAUUCCGAUACUCCACGGACUUGAUCCGUGCCAAGUGGUGACUUUGCAAAUUGUGAACAAUGAUUCUUUCUACUUACCACUGGAAGGUGUACGCGCCAAUGACGCAAACCUUACUUUGCGAGCGAGCGCUGUCGCAGGCAAUGUUCCAGCAACACCAUUCGUAAGUACUAUGGCAGUUGGAGCAGAAUCGACGUGUGACUUCGGAUUUUUUCCCCAAACUGCUGGAAGGUCUACUCAAUUAGAAUUCAGUUUCUCUUCGAUGAUGCCGCUUUCCGAUGGAGACCUGAUUGUUUUACGCGUUCCAGGCCUGCGGUUGAAGAACGUUUCUGUUGAAAUUCCUGGUUGGAAGCUACUGAAUGAUGCAGCGAGUAACAGACAAUAUUUCUUGAACACUUUGACCAAGCAAUCUGUGUGGGCAAGUGAUCUCAUCCUUGAUUUUGAGCGAGAGUAUUCCACGAUUAAUGAAUUCACGAAUGUUUCAUACGGAGUGGUCGGGAGCCAAGUUUCAUCUAAGAAUGCAAGUGCGGGUAACCUCACGAAUCCGGUCAUGAUUGUUGGUGGCAUAGGUUAUUCUGGUUUGGGAACUUGGUGUCCUUUGAGUGAGGAAUUGACUGUCCUUGUGUCAAAUAGCAUCCAGGCUGGCGUUAGAUCCACCUUCAAGAUUGAACCGUUCGGCAGUACCUUUGUACUUCCCGACAAGGGUUUUACCCCCGACAAUUCCGUGUUUUUCAAAGUGGUGUCAAAAUCAGGAAAUGUCCAAGAAAGCAGCUGCAAGGCUGCUCAAAUUACUGCAUUCGUGAACUCAAGUUUAGAAACGUUUGUUAAUCAGUCGAACCAAUUUUCAGAGAUUCACAUAAAGUUCACAGCAUCGGUUUCCUUACAGUCUGGCGAUAUUCUUGUUGUGUCUUUGCCUCAAUUCACAAGAAUGUUCAAUAGUAACUUUGAAUUGAGAUUAUCUUCUGGAAAUCAACAUUGGUUCUGCGCUGCUGAGUACAUUCAAGACAAUUUCACCUUGUAUGUGAACAAUUCGAUCUUGGUUCAGGGUGCAAGUGCAGUGGAAAUGGUCAUUCCCGAAAACCUUGGAUUCAAGAUUCCACGGAAUGGUAUAAGAGUAAACGAUACAAGAUUUCUCAUAGGACUGAAAUCUUCCACAAUCGGAAUUCCUUUGACAGUAUUUCGACAUGUGACACCAGUUGGAACUCUCAAGUUCAGCUCCGUCACCAUGCUUCCAAUUCGUAUCUCAGAGGAUGUGGAAUUGAAUAUCUCCUUCAGUCCGUUCAUGAACUUAGAUGCAGGCUCGCUGGUACGCAUUGAAUUUCCUCAAUUCGCUUUUCAGCCCAAUGCAUCCUACGCAAUCACACCUGAUUUGUCAGUUUGUCCUGAUUUUCAAGUUCAUUUCAAAAACGAUACCAUAGUAGAUUCACGUUUAGAAUUCACUAUCAGGUUUCAAUUCAAUUCUACAAUCGAGCCAGGAAAUCUGAUCUCGAUCCGGUUUAUGAAUCAAUCGAUGAAAAAUUACGAGUUUCAAUUGUCACCUUCACCGCUGAUCGAUGUCAAAUGGCAUUCACAAAACUCAAAUGUGAACGAUCCAUUGUUCGUCUUCAACGACUAUGUUGAACCUCAGACUGAUAUAAACAUGACCUUUCUCAUCUUGACAGGUCAGGACAAGUUUUAUAUCAUCCCUCCUGAGUUGUUUGAAGUCUUUCUCCUACGCAGCACUGCGGACACUUGUCAAAAUUCGACUCAAUCUUGUAAUCUUUCCACGUGUGAUUUGAAUUCCAACACCUUGAAUUCGACCAACGUGUCCCACGCCAAUCAUUCCAGCAAUGCGAGCUACUGUGACAAGAAUCUUUCAUUCAUGAUGGAAAGCUCAAUUUUCACGAGCGUUUCGAGAAAUUUGAAAUCGGUGCUGGAGCUCCAGGUUUUAGCGCUCCUUGCAAUCGUGAACCAUGUAGCCCUGGUUUCUAUAGGAGCAACUGUUCGGAUGCCAUGUAUCAAGAUAGCAUUUGCCUUCCGUGUUCAUUCGUCGCUCCUCCAAACUCUCAACUCAGUAUAG